AUGUAUCCAUCUCAAGGCAAACGACAAGCAGAGCUUCAGCAACAGCAGCCGAAAGAGUUAGAAAAACAAAUGAAAGGAAGCCCACAGUCAGAAAAGGACAGCCACUGUGGUCCUUCUGAUGGGCAUUAUCACCAAUUCCAGACUUGCAGCUUGAAUAAUACACCAAACAAAACUGGAAACUUUGACUUCGAGGGAAAUAUACUAGUUCCUGCCCGUUUUGAAUCGGAGAUAUCCCAAUCCGAAGCUGUGGAUAACGGGCGUUACGCUGCCAUUCAGUCCGAGAAGACGACAAAGGAAAAAGAGAGUCCAGAAGUUGCAAGUUCCAUUCCGAGAUUAAAUAACAUCAAUAUAUUUGAUGCGAUGUUAGAAGAAACGCCGACCUUUGUACUGGGCCCAAUGCCCGGAAUUUCCUCUUUGUCUGAUGAGUCCAGCACCCCCAACAAUCUACAGCGACACCAAGAAGAGGUAUCAGAAGAGAUUCUGCAACGUUCCAGGCAGUUUCAGGAGCAAGAACUCACUGUGACUCAAAACUUCCUUCCGGCGAUGACUUUAUCCACCGAGAGAAUCACUAGGACCAAUACGUCCACUACACGGUCGCCGACACCGCGAUUGGGAAUAGGGACACCCGAGAGCGUUCAAAGAGCUUAUCUUGCUCAAAACCAAGGGAAAACAGCACUACACAUCAGCGUCGAGCGUGGAAAUCUGGAAAUCGUGCAAUUCCUGCUACUCUACGGUAUCGACGUAAAUAAGAGGGACGGCUCGGGGCGGACUGCACUACACUACGCAGCGCGCAGUCCGCACCUCGAAAUUGUUUCAGAGUUGCUUGCCGCGGGUGCGGAUCUAGAAGCUCGUGAUAAAGAAGGUAGAACCCCUCUGCAUGCCGCGGCUGAUGCGGACUGUGAGCCAGUGAUACGGUUUCUAGUGGCAGAGGGCGCGGAUCUAAACGCGGUCAUAUGUAUCAACCGUAGUAGCAGUAUCGAGGAGAGAGAUUAUAUGCCUGAUUACCAGCAGACAAUUACGGGCGAGUAG